AUGGAUGGGUUUCUGCAUGCCCUAGCCGGAGCCAGCCAUGAGGUAUCGGAUUGCAACAUGGUGCCGUCUCCAUCAUACUCCCCGGUGGGGUUGGGCCAUGCCACUCUGCACAGCAUCUGUGCGGAAUUGCGAUCCCUAGCUGCCGGGAUGGUCACUAAACAAGACCUGCAGACCCUCACCUCCAUGCUCAAUGACACCAUAAAGGCUGAAUUGGCCUUGAUUCACACGAAGGUGAAUGAGCAAGGGACACGGAUACAGGCCCUGGAGCAAACUACACAGGAAACUUCUUCUGAUGGAGGAUAA